AGUGGCGAAGCUGAGUCGAGAAGCAUCGUGGGUGUUUAGUUCCUCCGUUACAAGCACAGUAACCCACCGCCUCCCGAUGGCCCAACUAAAUUGUUUAUAUAGUCGUUGACAUAAUCUACUUAUGGCGUAAGCUUUACGUCAACUACAUAAAAAGAUGUUUAUGGGUGGUGCAAGGUGGUCGGAGGGCCUGGUGAUGGCACUCAUGCCGGUUAGUCCUCCUCUUCUGCGUGCUGAUGACCAUCUUCUGUUGCGCUACUACGCUGCGAUCAUGAGAGUAGUGCGUCCUGUCUUUGUUCGGGUCCUGCAACUCUUCACUAACAACAGAAAAACCUUCAAGGAGCUUCUCUUUGAGCUUCCGGAUUACUCCAACAGACAAUACAAAAAUGACUUCAGCAAAGAAGAGAGACAAAAGCUGGAUAAUAAUGCUUCUAGUAACACUUUUGAUAUAACAUUGCUGUUCUUGUUGCUGCAGCGUGUGUGUGGCCUUCCCAGCAUUAACCAUCAGAAUUGGUCCACGCCGGAUACACUGGAAAACAAUUUAAAAAGACUGAAAAAUCAUAGGAAUGAUUUAGCUCAUGAAGACCUAGCAUUUUCUCCCGAUGAUCUGCAACGUUGUUUGUCUAACAUAGAGGACCUUUGUCGUGAGGUGUUGAAGGAAACUGGCCGUAGAUGCCAAUGUACUGUGAUAGAUGAUAUUCGGGUGAUGGAAGAAAGUUUAGAGGAGAUAUUAACGGGAGGUAUAGAUCUUUGGCAACCUUACAGAGAGGCGCUUUAUAAUCUACAGAAGGAACAUUGCAACUUAUUGAUAAGAGAAGGUAGAAAAGAAAUGAAGGAAUUGUCAAAGAAACAUCGCAUUCUUAACCCAUUUGUGUGGCUGCUGGAAGACAGAUUUGCUCACUUGGAUGUUGGUCACAUAUUUACAAAUUUAUACAUAGAGGGGCAGAGGGAGGUCAGUACACGUGACAUUUUCACUAUACCUCUUAAUUCAGGAAAAUAUCCUGAUGUGUUAAUAAUGGUUGGACCACCGGGUAUAGGGAAAACGAGCCUGACAAAAUUUUGUUUACAUGACUGGCUGUCAACUUCUUCUUCUAUUUGUGGGAUGGAUAAUUAUGAUAUUGUACUGCUAGUGGAAUUAAGACAUGUUACAAGUGAAAAUAUCCAGGACCUAGUGUGUGAAGAGCUCCUUCCGCGAACAUGUCUUCAGUUGAAGCGCGAAGAUGUUCUGACAUCACUGAGGCAAGUGUCAACUCUCUGGCUUCUGGAUGGCUAUGAUGAAGCUACUAACAAAACGAAAGAUUUAGUUAAGGAAAUUAUGAAAAAAUUUCACAACUCUCAAAUCAUGAUAACUUCUCGGCCUGACAAUUCCAAUGACCUUCAUCUGUUAAUUAAUGAGGUACAUCUUAGUAACACGUUGUAUCAGCUGAGAGGAUUAUCUCCAACUAUGUGGAAUGUUUAUGCUGAGAAACUGUUUUCUGUGUCUGUAGCAGAUGAAGACAUCCGCCGGGAUUCUUGUGAGAAAUUUAUUAAAUUUCUGAAAGAGAAAGAACAAGAUAUGUUUGAAAUAUUUAGUGUACCUUUGUUCGUGGUGAUGCUGGUGGUGCUAUGGCUGGAGAGUCCAGCAGAAGUUACCGGAGCCACCACAGUCACCAGACUCUACCACAUCCUCAUCAACCUCAUCGUCAACACGAUGACCAGACGCCCCCAGCUGACAGCUUUAGGAUUCACUCAAAGCCAACUUCAGCGCAAGAUAAAUAAUUUUCUUAAUUUACUCGGCAAAAUGUUCUGGGAAAAUUCAAAAAUGCUUAUAUUUGUUCUUCUGAGUGAUCAAAUUAAACAAAUAGAAGAACUGUGUGAGAAUUCUGGGUUGCCGUUCAGGGAAUGCAUGUCACCAUUCUUCCUGGUGAUAGUGACGGCAACAACUACUGGGACAACUGAAGAAUAUCAUCCACUUCACCGGACAGUGCAAGAGUUCCUCGCUGCCCGAGCAUUUUGCAACUGCAUGAUAACCCAAGGUUGUGAUGUGCUUACCCUCGCUGCUCAGUGGAUGCUAAAGCACAGGGAAAAUCCAUACCAACAAAUGUCUUAUGAAAAUGAGUCUUGCAAUAAAAUAACCAGUGAAACAAAUUUUGUUAUGGAGAAACUCCAUGAAGGAAGUGAUGACGUCUAUGACGAUUACCACUUUGUGUCCACAAAUUUUUCUUCUGUAAAUUGCUUUUGCUCAUUACUCAUGUAUUUAUUUGGUGACACGUUUUAUGAUCCUGGUGAGAUUGAGAGGGAAUUCUGCAGCCACUAUUUUUUAAAUAUGACAUCUGGUAGCUUGUUGAUCCCAUUUGUAUGUGGAUAUCUCAAAAUGAAUGAUGCAUUAACGCGAUCUAGGGCAGAACAGAUGAUAUAUGUCGCUAUUUGUGGUCAAUAUAAAAUUAGGCAAUUUUCUCUUUGGAUGAAGCUUAUUCAUGAAACUGAGGAAGAUAAAGAAUUUAUUCAGGAGUUAAAUUCACAAUUAUUCUCUUACCAGUGGAAUCCUAGUCCAUUAGAGCUACCAACAGUGGCAAAACUCUUAGAGUUUAUUACCCCAGAGUCAGUCCACGUUCAUCUCUGUCGUUUAGAUGACUACAGUAAUAAUAAGACAUUUAUUGAUGAACUUCGUAUACUUGCCAGAUUUCCAAUUAGAAUUUCUCUCGAUUUGCAAAAUUCAAUGUUGUCGAAUAUGAGACGCUUCUUAAUAUAUGCUCAAGAGUGUUUGGCAGUACUGUUGGACCCAAGAGCCUCUUGCCACCUAACUGCUCUGUGUUGCCCACUAAACAAGGAAAGUUUAUCACUGUUGCGUCAUGCUCAACACCUUGAAGAUCUGUAUGUGAGGGUCGACAACCUGGAAGAUCUGCAAACUUUAGCUCAGAUUACAGACAGUCUCCAGAACCUUCAGAACCUAUCAGCUUUCAUAAAUUUUACUUUACUAAAUAUUCGUGUCAAAAUGCUUCCAACAUUUAGAUUAAAACAACACAUUCAGCAGAAUUAUAAUUUUGCAGACCUUCAAGGUAGCUAUACAGAAAUGUCUGGAGAAGAUACUUUUCCAGAAUAUGAUCUCAUAUACCUCAAGCCUCACAAAUGCCCGCCACCCAAGGUUCCAAGUCAUAAACUGUUGCAUAGAUUCUCGAAGAAGAAGACAAUGAAGAAGAGGAGAAGAAAAAUGAAUCAUUUGAGCGAGCCAACAAUAACAGUUAUUCCAUAUCCCACUCACCUUCAAAAACUGAAAACUAGAUGGAUUUAUGAGUCACAUCAGAGGAUGUGGAACAUGCCGUCUGCCCACUGCCACUCCCAGUGUGCUAAACGUAGGUGUGAUCCAGAUUUGUGCAAUGACAAGUGCGCUCACAGAAGCUUCCCUCCUCCAGAGCAAACAAAGCAGGAGUGGUUUGACUGUCACAAAGCAAUAAGCUACCAUCAUGUAUGCCUUAAAAAGUUGAGAUCAUUUUAUAAAAUAAUGUGGAAAAUAAUAGUUCAAAAAUACAAACCCAAGAGACAUAUGUACACAAAAUAUUAUGACUCGUAUAUUAAAACUUUUUGUUAUGAAAUGAAGGAUGAGCAGUUCCGUGAGAGUAUACAUGAUAUAUUUAUUGACUCACUUGAGGUGUGUGAAUUACUUUUGUUUGAACACAAAGUAUGCAUCCAGAAACACCGAAAACAUCUGACACACUUAAGGGAACCUAAAAAUCCAGUUUCUUCUGUUCAGUUUAUUUUAAUUGAUCCUUUCAUUGUAGAUGAAGCAACGUUUAGUUGUUUGGUGUAUAAACUCUGCCCUAAUCCACAGAGAAUUGCGUUACUGCAUACCAAGCCAGUGACUCUUAGUGAUACAAGUAUUGCUUACCAUGUGUUGCAUUUAUAUGAGUCAUUCACUAGUGUUAAGCUUAUAAACAUACACUUUUCUGCCUCUUCUACUCAGGAGAUUCUCUCAUAUGCUGGAAAACGUAAUGCCAGUAUUGAAAAUAUAAUCAAUAUUAUUAAGAAAAGUGCACCACAUUUGACACUUAACGUGUCUUUUACUUUUGAUCAAGAAAUAAAUCCAAAAACUCAAGGUCAAAUGACGCAUAUAUCGUUCGUUUGAUAAAGAAACAUGGUCAGAAUCCCUGGCUACAUAUCUAGAAGUAUAAAUAAUAGAAGUCCUCAGGUUUUUCUUCAACUCUACAUAUCCUUGGUUAGGCCUCAUUUAGAUUAUGCUGCUCAGUUCUGGUCAUCGUAUUACAGAAUGGAUAUAAAUGCUCUGGAAAACGUAUAGAGGAGGAUGACGAAGUUGAUCCCAUGUAUCAGAAAUCUUCCCUAUGAGGAUAGACUGAAGGCCCUGAAUAUGCACUCUCUCGAAAGGCGUAGAAUUAGGGGGGAUAUGAUCGAGGUGUAUAAAUGGAAAACAGGAAUAAAUAAAGAGGAUGUAAGUAGCGUGCUGAAAAUUUCCAGCCAAGACAGGACUCGCAGCAAUGGUUUCAAGUUGGAAAAAUUCAGAUUCAGGAAGGAUAUAGGAAAGUAAUGGUUUGGUAAUAGAGUUGUGGAUGAGUGGAACAAACUCCCCAGUACAGUUAUAGAGGCUAAAACGUUGUGUAGUUUUAAAAAUAGGUUAGAUAAAUACAUGAAUGGGUGUGGGUGGGUGUGAGAUGAACCUGACUAGCUUAUGCUGCUGGGUCUCAUAAUGCCUUGCUCCUUCCUUAAGUGAAAGAGACCUGACUAGGUGGACCAUUGGGCUAAUUGGGGGGUGGAAUGAACCUGCUUCGCAUGGGUCAGUAGGCCUGCUACAGUGUUCCUUCCUUAUGUUAUGUACAGUACUCUUGUUAAAGAAAUAUGAUUAGAUGAUGUAUAUACAGAACUUUUGAUAAAGAAAUAAAUCCAACAUCAUAUGGUGAGAUUAUGUAUGCAAAUGCAUUUCAAAAAUUUUCAUUUAACAUUUAUUUAGGUAUCCCCGAAGGGGGCCUUUAAUUUGUUGCCUUAUUUUUUCUUCCAACUUUCCCAUUUUAUUUCGCCUCAUCGGAUUGUCUUUAAAUUUUAAAUGUUUUGAUCUUUCUAGAAAUGCCAUGUACAGAUGUACGAUGAUCAAAGUUAUUGAAACAAUUCCCAAUAUCUUGGAAUGUUUCUGAUAACUUGCUAAACGCUCAGCAGUACAACUUCUAACGUACAAAAAUGGUGCCUCAUAAUUAGUAAACAAUGAAGAGAGAAACUAAAGUGGGUUGGUGCAGAUUUGAUUAUUUGGUGUGUAAAAUGGUACGAAAUUUUCAUUCCCAUUUUAUCAAGUUAAAAGUAGUUUAGUUUUCGUCUUCUGAGCCACUUCUUUAUUUAACGUCUGAUGUAUAUUAUGGUCAGUAUAGCAGUCACUCAGUUUGUGGGUCAGCAAACUUGUCAAUGUUGAAACUCUUCAGAAAACUUGGAAUCAAUAAUUGGAAAUCUUAUCAUAUUAGACUUUUUUUUUAAGAACUGCUAAUUUUUUUUUCUUAGAGAAAUGAGGAAAAGUUUGAACCUAAUACAACUGAAAAAAAAAAACUGACAAACAUUAAAAUUUAUCUUUUGAAAUAUGAUGAAUUAAAUGAACUCUUAAAAGCUGUGAUCUGUCCCAUUGUGAGCUGCAAUUUUCUCGUCUCAUCUAAAGUUUUUGUUAUAGCCUCAGAACGCCUUAUCCAACUGCCUUCAAGUUUUAGAGUUUAUUGAAUUAUAACAAGAUUGAGACUCAUAGGGCAGGUAAUCUCUGUUCGGUUUUGUUAGACCAUUCCCAAAAUGGAUUUCCACAAGACAGCUAUAAGCAGGCUCUACUGACUGGCUUCACAAUUUCAGGUAUCACAGAGUGAUUGACGAAGCUUCAUUGU